CUUUCAGCUCCCCUUCAACUGUUCUUCGCCAGGUGUUUUUUGGCCGCCCUGGCUUACGUUUUCCCGGUGGUGUCCAUCUUAACGCUGCCUUUGGUAUCCUCUCGUUGUCCGGUUUUCGAAAAUAGCUAGCUAGGCUAUAGACUAUAUAGCAUAUACCGCAUGUUAUUUUUGUACAACAACAACUUCAGCUGUCGAACGUUAUAAGGUACAAAUUCAACAAGUACAACAUUAGCAUGGACGGUAUAUCCAAGUUGUGGUUAAGAAGGUGGAUUUUUGUUCCUUAUAUUUACCAGAAACGAGGUGAUCCGAACACACGACCUGGGACUUUGGGGGACUCCAGUGAGAACCGUCCUCGUUUUCCCGGUGUAAAGCUGCGAGCCAUUUGUCUCGUCUCUGUGGGCUUUUAUCACGCUUUGGCAGAACAAAAUACAACCUUUGUUUUCCCUGUUUCCAGUUGUGGUUAGCACAACCAAAAACAACACAGUUUUUCGGCAUUUUGGAGGCAGAAGGACGGGUUUAACCAGCGUAGGUCGACAGGUUAAAGAGUAAUGGCAACGGUUUGUUUUCAACGCCAGUCUGGUUGCUAUGGCUCGAAGAACCCGUAUGUAGCUCAGUUGCCCGGAUGUCGGCCCUCACCCAUAUGGCUCUUUCAACAUUUUUGGGUUGCCGACCCCUGGGCUAGGCGCACUUCGUCCGCCGUCGCCAUGGUGCCGCCCCUCCUGUCCACGCUCCUCCUCUGGCUCCUCCCCCAGGCCGCCGCCGCCUUCGCCUCCUGCCCGGCCAGCUGCCGCUGCUACAGCCUGACGGUGGAGUGCGGCUCCACGGGCCUCCAGAGCGUCCCCAAACACGUGCCCCCGCCCACACAGACGGUCUUCCUGCAGGACAACGUGAUUGGUCAGAUCCGCCGUCAGGACCUGGCUCUUCUCCGACACCUGCACUACCUCUACCUGCAGAACAACACCAUCUCGGCCGUGGAGCCCGGCUCCUUCCAGAACCAGGCCAAGCUCUUGGAGCUGGCUCUGAACGGGAACAGGAUCCACUUGGUGACGGCCGACAUGUUCCAGGGACUGGAGCACCUGCGCAUUCUUUACCUGGCGGGGAACGACAUCACGCGGCUGCUCGACCACACCUUCCGUGGCUUACAGCGCCUCCAGGAGCUCCACCUGCAGCACAACAGCAUUGAGGUUCUGGCCGACCAGGCGCUGGUCGGUCUGACCUCGCUGGCUCUGCUGGACCUCAGCAGGAACCAUCUCCACACCAUCGGCCCGGCCACGCUGCGACCACUCGUCAGUCUGCAGGUGCUCCGGAUCACAGACAACCCGUGGCGCUGCGACUGCGCCCUCCACUGGCUGCGGAGCUGGAUCGACGAGGAGGGCCAGCGGCUGCUGAGCACGGCCGAGCGUCGCAUGGCGUGCUCCGAGCCGCCACGUCUGUCCCACCUGAGCCUGGUGGAGGUGCCGCUCAACAGCCUGGUGUGCAUCCCCCCGCUGGUGCAGCUGGAUCCCAAGCGGCUGGCCGUGCGUCUGGGCGAGAGCCUGCGGGUGUCCUGCCACGCCUCCGGCUACCCACGGCCACAGGUGACGUGGAGGAAGGCGUCCCAGGGAAAGGUGGCGCCGUCUCCCAGAGGUCUGGUGCAAGAGCUGGGGGGCGGAGCCAGAAGCGCGGGCAGAGCCGAGGAGCCCUCAGAGGGGAGCCGAGCGAGCGUGCGGAAAAGCGAGGGCGAGCACUUUGACCCCGACACGGGCAGCGGCAUGCUGUUCCUGAGCAACGUCACCGUGGCCCACGCCGGCUUCUACGAGUGCGAGGCGUGGAACGCAGGGGGCGUGGCCAGGGUGACCUUCCAGCUGGCCAUCAACUCCUCCUCUUCCUCCUCCUCCAUCUGGGCCACCUGGUCGCAGGUGACCCCUCCCCACUCGCCCAACUGGCCCCGCCUGAGGAGCCCCGGCCCCGCCUCCGACGUGAGCCGGGAGCCGCUCUACGCGCUGGGCAGCAUGGCCUUCGGCGCGCUGGGCGCCGCCACGCAGACGGCCAUCGCGGCGGGCAUCUCACUGCUGGCUCUGACGGCGCUGCUGCUGGUGGCCAUGAUCUACAGCCGCCAUCAGCAAGGAGACAAGGAGGCUGACGGCGCUGACCAGGAGGAGAGCAUCCUGUACGUCAACGACUACUCGGACGGCCCGACCACCUUCGCCCAGCUGGAGGAGUACCGCGACGAGCGAGGCCACGAGAUGUACGUCCUGAACCGGGCCAAGCCGGUGCUGCCCCCGGCCCCGCCCACCGCCGUCUCCACCACCAGCCUGGGCUGCCCCGCCCCGUCCGACACCAGCAGCCUCAGCGCCUCCUCGGGGCCGGGCCAGCCGGCGAUCCCGCCCCUCAAUAAGCAGCUGCAGGCGGACGGCGACAUUCGGACCAUGCGGAGAAUGGCGGGGGAGGGCGGGGAGGCGGAGCCGGUGAUGACGUCGGAGGGCGAGGGGAUGUUUGUGAACCACACGGGCUUGUUUGUGGACUCGCAGAUGGCCUACGAGAUCCACUGCUGAGGCCACAGCACACCUGCUGGUCACAAUGAGAACUGCAACAGGAAGCUGACACUGUGACCUCACACGCCAAAAUGACUUUCAUCAGAACCCCCGAGCGGGAUUAUGUCCUUGUAGACGUUAUUUCUUCUCUGGCCUCUGGAGGCGCUGUUGAGCAGCUUGCUCGCUCUUUCACUUUCUUUAUGAGUGGUUCCCCUUAUUGUUGUGCACGUGCCCGCGCUGCGUUGUCCUGACCCGGCUUGGAAAGACAAUGUCAAAGAGCCCGCCUGAUUUUCUAUCCCACCAUGCGUGUUGUCGGCCUGACUAGGAGACGGGUAGGUUGUGAGUUCAAACCCCGGCCGAGUCAUACCAAAGACUAUACAAAUGGGAGCCAUUACCUCCCUGCUUGGCACUCAGCAUCAAGGCUUGGAAUUGGGGGUUAAAUCACCAGGAAUGAUUCCCGGGCGCGGCCACCGCUGCUGCUCACUGCUCCCCUCACCUCCCAGGAGGUGAACAAGGGUGAUGGGUCAACUGCAGAGGACACAUUUCACCACACCUAGUGUGUGUGUGACAAUCAUUGCUACUUUAACUUGAACUUGCUAGCAUGCCGCAGCCCUCCUGGGUGUCACCUUUCCUUGUUCAAGCCUGAAUGGUUUUUUUGGGCUCAUUUUUAUUUGUAUUUUUUUUAAUGUUGAUGUUUUUGUCUCCCAACAAUGCCCACAUUUCUUAUCCUAAAAGUGAUCUUUGUUUGCAUCCACACUCACUGUGAGGGUGUGGCCAAUAAACAAACUGCUGACCAUG